AAAAGUAUUUGUUUCAUCUAUAAGAUUUAAAAUUUCGGAGAAGAGAAUCCUGAGGAGAUUUCAAUUCACCCCUUUAGUGCACUAAUUUCGCUAGGACGGCGAUUUUAUGCAAUGCGCAGCGCUAUUACUUUUUGUGUUAGUGAUCAGCUUAUUCUCUUUGCUAGUUAAAUUUGUUGACAUGUGGGGAGGAGUAGUGGAGAGGAUCUUCGUCCGCUCAAACAACAGUCAUGUGUUGCGAAAAGAUUGAAUUAUUGCUUACUGUGAUAAAUUUUGCAACUCGAAGAAUAGUCUUCAAGAGAGACCGGCCUGGGCUUGUUUGACCAAACCAGAUGCUGGUUACGAAAUUUUAUUCUAGCUUAGUUAUAAUUCCAGGGAGCCAAGUUCAUCAGUGAAACCGUUUUCGGUUGUGUUUCAGUUAAAGUGAAGGAGAUACACUCAGUUUGCAAUUCUGGAUUAGCUUCUGUUGUGCAAAGAUAGUUAAGAAGUCACGAGAUGGUUAAGACAAUCGAUGAGGGCGCUGUCUAUGAAUGUGUCGAAGGCAUUGUUCGACGAGUUUAUCAAAAUUUGCGGCACCUCAUGGGCGUAAACUUCUGCACUACUGCGUGGUAGCCUCGAUUUUCAGAAAUUAUAGUUGUAGAUUUGCUGUGUCGAUAACAACAACGAGCAGACGUUGAGAUGUCUGACGAUGACGACACCAGCUGUUCUUCUGUGAAUGCAAGCGCUCUGCCUCGAGCCGCUUCCCUCCACUCGAAGCAACAUUCCCAGGGGAUCUCAGCACUGGAACGAUUCCAUGUGCAGCCAUCUCUCAAAGACGGUGAUGGUGUAGGGUCAGCAGCGGGCGGCCAAGCCGUCGCUGAUUCCAUGAGGUCAGCGCAGGACGUGAAAUUCAACCUUCAGUACACCCAAGCUCGCCGUGAUGAAUCAGUGAAGGAUGUUUACUAUGGAGUUGAAAUCGUGGAUCCUUAUCGCUGGCUGGAAGAUCCAGAUUUCCCUGAAACGAAAGAAUUUGUGGAGAGGCAAGUUGAGCUAGCAAACAAUGUGUUAUUGAAAUGCUCAAACAGAGAAAAAUUGAAGGAGAAAGUCACGUCCAUGUACAACUAUCCUCGCUAUGGCUGUCCUUACAAGCGAGGAAACAAAUUUUUUCACACCCACAACUCUGGCUUACAGGCCCAGAGCGUUCUCUACAUUCAGGGCUCAUUGGAGGCAGACGCGGACGUACUGCUUGACCCUAACGCAUUGAGCAACGAUGGCACUGUGGCUCUCUCGAUGAAAGAAUUCAGCGAGAAUGCCGAAUUCAUGGCUUAUGGGUUGAGCUCGAGCGGGAGCGAUUGGGUUACUAUCAAAGUAAUGUGCGUGGAGGAUCGCUUUGUGCAACCUGAUACCAUAUCCUGGGUGAAAUUUUCAUCUAUUUCUUGGACUCAUGACCACCAAGGCUUCUUUUACAACCGCUACCCCCAGCCCAAAAACGUGGAGUGUUCAGACGCUGGCACAGAGACGGACAUCAACCUAUUCCACGAACUGUAUUAUCAUUUCUUGGGCACUGAUCAAUCUGACGAUAUUUUGUGCUGGAAGGACUUAGAGCACUCUGCUUGGCUUUCCUCAACCAGAAUCACUGACGAUGGCAAGUACUUGCUGCUUUUAAUUGGAGAAGGGUGCGACCCUGUAAACCGGCUCUACUACUGUGACCUCACAGAGAUAUCAGGGGGUUUGAAAAUCCUGAAAGACACAAACUCUAUCCUACCUUUCACGAAACUGGUGGACAAUUUCGAAGCACAGCACCUCUAUGUAGCUAACGACGGGCCAAUCUUCACCUUCUUCACGAACAAAAAUGCGCCCAAAUACAAGGUUACGAGAGUCAGCAUCAACGACCCAGAGGUUUGGUGGAAUGUGAUCCCUGAGUCUGAAACAGACGUACUUAGCUCCGUAAGGUGUGUGAAUGAAAAAAAUCUGCUAGCAUGUUACAUACACGACGUGAAGCACGUGCUUCAAGUUCACGAUCUGCGAACUGGCGAAUUCCAAUGGCGGCUCCCACUUGACAUCGGUAGCGUUACUGAGAUCUCAGGAAAUAGGAAGGACUCUGAGAUAUUCAUCAACGUCACGAGUUUUUUAACUCCAGGAACUAUCUACAGGUCUGAUUUGAGUGCACCGAAGCCAGAGUUGAAGGUGUUGCGUGAGAUUGGCUCCGAAAUCUUUGUUCGGUCAAGGUUUGAGACCAAGCAGGUGUUUGUGACCAGCAAGGAUGGUGCUAAAGUGCCCAUGUUCAUCGUCUCCGAGAAAGACCUCGUUCAAGAUGGCAACCAUCCCGCACUCUUGUAUGGCUAUGGUGGAUUUAACAUCAGCCUUACCCCCAGCUUCAGCGUUUCUCGCUUAGUUCUUGUCCAGCAUUACGGAGCAGUUGUGGCCGUGGCCAAUGUUCGAGGUGGUGGAGAGUAUGGUGAAGAAUGGCAUAAAGCUGGGUGUUUACUGAAGAAGCAAAAUUGCUUUGACGAUUUCAUUUCCUGCGGGGAAUACUUGGUAAAGGAGGGUUACACACAGUCUAACAGGCUAUGUAUUGAAGGUGGAAGUAAUGGGGGGUUACUUGUGGCUGCCUGCAUCAAUCAGAGGCCUGACUUAUUUGGCUGUGCCUUGGCUCAUGUGGGUGUGAUGGACAUGCUUCGGUUCCACAAAUUUACAAUAGGACAUGCGUGGACCUCCGAGUAUGGUUGCUCUGACAAUGAGGAGGACUUUCACAACCUAAUCAAGUUCUCGCCCAUUCACAACGUCUGUAGGCCAUGGGAGCAGAUGAAGGGAUUGCAGUACCCGUCCACCAUGCUUCUUACUGCUGACCACGACGACAGAGUGGUUCCUCUACACUCUCUCAAACUUCUUGCGGCUCUUCAGUAUACACUUUGCACGAGCUUGGCGGACAGCCCGCAGACGAACCCUAUCAUUGCUCGCAUUGACAGAAAAGCUGGACAUGGAGCUGGCCGACCCACUCAGAAGAUUAUCGAUGAAGUGAUCGAUGCUUAUUCCUUCGUCGUUGAGAUGACAAGCGCAACGUGGAUGGAUUGACUGAUGUUGGUUGAGGAUUUUUGCUGUGGCAGAUGAAGCGCGAGGAAUAAUUCAUUUAAGCGUCUAGUUUCAGUUUGUUAUGUUGUCUGACAAAUGUGGUCUGUAUUCGAAGUGUCUCGAAGGUAAAACCAAGAUAGUUUUAUGAAACAGAUUUCAUGCAUUUGUAUGCGCUCUCAGGAUUACUUCUUUGCUUCUGCAAUUGAACUAUAUUGACUCUAUCCAUGGCAACAAAAGAGAGACUUUACUUCUUAAAUGGUGAAGCCUUGUUGAAUGGUGUUAGGCAUUUGAAUUCUGCACCUGCUUUCAACGUUUCACAAUGGCCAUUUUACACAA